AUGAGUACAGUGAAAAAGGCAAAAAGGAGUGAACAUCAGGUAGGAAAGAAUAGUAAGCCUAAAAAUGGUAGAAAACGACCGCAACCCCCCUUAGAAGAAAAGAUCGUAGAAUCUCUUAAAAGUGGCAACGGGGUUGCUACUACUACUACUAGUCCUACUAAUACUAUUACUACUAGUGAUCAUAUUACCAAUUCUACAUCUGUUAUUGCAGUAGUUUCUGAUUCAGUUUCAAGUAUUGUAAAUGAUGGGUCUUCUUUAAAAAGUAUACAAGGGAAAGAUUUUCCAACUGAGAAAUCUCCUACUUCUGACCCCAUUUACAGGAUUAUGCAUACAUUACCACGAUCAGACUUUCUUGAAAUAGUUAAAUGUCGUUUUGGUCAUGAUGAAUGUAAGCGAGCUGCAUCAUACUUUGAUGUUUCCUACAUGAAAAAUCCCUUACGUCAUCUUCGUCUUCAAAUUGGAUGUGAUCGUCCUACUGGUCUUCAUCUCUUUUUUCCAAAAUUGUAUCACCACCGAAGUACAUUACGUCUACUUGAUUUGUCUCGUAAUGAUAUGGAUGAAGACGAUGUAGCAACACUUACUGAUUUAUUAAAUUUGCGUAAUGAGAAAUCAUCAGAAAAAACAACGACAGUUCUUGAAGUGUUGGAUUUGAGCUAUAAUCGUCGGAUCGGUAAUUGUGGGGCAUUAUUUCUUUUAAAUGCAUUAAGUCAGAAUGAUCAAAUUCGUGCCUUGAUUCUGAGAGGUAUUUCAUUGGAUGAUAAUGGUGCUCUCUGUAUUGCUCCAUUGCUGCGACAACGUCCUCAACCUUGUAUACCAGUUGAUACAGAUACUGUUACCUUUCAAGAAACAUCAUCACGAAGGCCACCUACUUUCUUCUUAAACUUGAAUGAAAAUCGGAUUGGUGCUGCUGGAACAAGGGAGUUGGGAAAGGGACUUCCUGUUCAUGUAUCCCUUACUUUGUGCAAGCAACGUCCAAUAUGCAAUAAGAGAUAA